CGAAGAACAGCACCCGAUUGGUUUGAGCGAAAGCUUUGCCCUGAUUGGUUGGUUGGAGGAGGACGUGUUGUGAGGAGAAGUGUGCCACAGUGAUGACGGAGGACUGGGGAUGCCAGACAUUCGCCUGCACUCUCUGAGUUCCUCUUUGGAUUCGGUGUCCACCAUGAAGUGUUCCGGUUCUCACCGGUUCCCGCUGCGGGCCCUGAACCUGCGGUGCUCGGAACGCGACGGGGGCCCCCCCGACUCUCCUGACCUCCCCUCCGCCGCCUCCACUCCUCCCCCCAUCCAGCUCGUCGUCACCCCGCCCACCAAGGUGAAGGAGCGCACAGAGAACCUGACAGAGAAAGUCACGCAGGUGCUGUCCCUGGCUGAGGAUGUUCCUCCCGAGUAUAAGCUGGGCCGGCCCACCGCAUCUCACUCCUGGAUCAUGCUGCACUACAGCCCCUUCAAGGCCGUGUGGGACUGGGUCAUCCUCAUCCUGGUCCUCUACACGGCCGUCUUCACGCCGUACUCGGCCGCGUUCCUAUUGGACGAGAGGGAGCUGGGCAGCGCCGGCUGCGGCUACACGUGCAACCCGCUGAGCGUGGCCGACGUGGUGGUGGACGUGCUCUUCAUCAUCGACAUCGUCAUCAACCUGCGAACGACCUACGUGGACCGCAACGACGAGGUGGUGACGCAGCCCAAGCGCAUCGCCGUGCACUACCUGAAGGGCUGGUUCAUGAUCGACCUGGUGGCCGCCAUACCCUUUGACCUGCUGGUCUUCAGCAAAGGCUCAGACGAGACAACCACCACUCUGAUUGGCCUCCUGAAGACGGCCCGGCUGCUGCGAUUGGUCCGCGUGGCCCGCAAGCUCGACCGCUACUCCGAGUACGGCGCCGCCGUCCUCUUCCUGCUCAUGUGCACCUUCGUGCUCAUCGCCCAUUGGCUGGCCUGCAUCUGGUACGCCAUUGGCUACGUGGAGCGGCCCUACCAGAAGUCCGGCUGGCUGGACACGUUGGCGGAGCAGCUUGGCAAGACGUACAACUUCAGCGACCCUACGUCGGGGCCGGGCAUCAAGGACAAGUACGUCACCGCCCUCUACUUCACCUUCAGCAGCCUGACCAGCGUGGGCUUCGGGAACGUGUCCCCCAACACCAACUCCGAGAAGAUCUUCUCCAUCUGCGUCAUGGUGAUUGGAUCUCUGAUGUACGCCAGCAUCUUUGGCAACGUGUCGGCCAUUAUCCAGCGCCUCUACUCGGGCACCACGCGCUACCACACCCAGAUGCUGCGGGUCAAGGAGUUCAUCCGCUUCCACCAGAUCCCAGGGUGUCUGAGGCAGAGGCUGGAGGAGUACUUCCAACACGCCUGGACGUACACCAACGGCAUCGAUAUGAACGCUGUCCUAAAGGGUUUCCCCGAGUGUCUGCAGGCGGAUAUAUGUCUCCACCUGAACCGCUCCCUGCUGCAGAACUGCCCAGCGUUCCGUGGCGGCAGCAAGGCGUGUCUGCGAGCCCUGUCCAUGCGCUUCAAGACGGUCCACUCCCCGCCCGGCGACACCCUCUAUCACCAUGGAGACAUGCUGCAUGCACUCUAUUUCAUCUCACGGGGAUCCAUACAGGUGUCGCGAAACGACAUGACCCUGACUUUACUGGGUAAGAACGACACGUUCGGAGAGCCCAUCAACCUGUACGCGGAGACGGGCCGUAGCAACGCGGACGUGGUGACGCUGACCUACUGUGACCUUCACCAUAUCCAGAGGGAGGACCUGCUGGAGGUGCUGGACAUGUACCCGGCCUUCGCAGACACCUUCUGGAGGAACCUGGAGAUCAGCUUCAACCUCAGAGAUGUAGAACAUGUCAUCCAGUUGCUACCCAGUGGAGACUCAGACUGUGGUUACCGUGGUCACCGCCUCCGGCAUCGCAGGAACUCGCUGGACCACCGCAACAGACCAGAUGGCAUGGACCAGGAUGACUCCUUCUACCCUCCCAUCACCAUCACCACCACCACCAUGCAGCAGCCCACCACCUGCCCCUCCAACUCCGGCCACCCGGGCCACUGCAGCCAUGCUCCCCAUCUCCACUCGCACUCCCACCCCCCCUGCUGGGACGAGGCCUGCAGCUGUGGCACCUCCUGCUCUCAGUCCCCCUCCAGCGAGGACCUUAAAGAGGGGGGCAACGCGAGGGGGGGCACCCACGGACAGAGUUACCCCACCACCACCACCACCACCACCACCACUGCUGCUACUGGGGAACCUCCAGAACACUCGCUGAGCUACAACCCCCCCAGCGUGGUCCGCUUCAUGGACCAGGGAGGACCUGCGUCGGACAUGGCACACCCUGCGGUUCCAGGUCUGUACCAGUACUGGCCCGAGCGGCCGGCCCACUUCCCUCAGCGCCACUGGAGGUCCUCAUCUGUACGGGCACACGGACACGCCCACUGUGGACCGGACCGGCCCAGUGAACUGCAGGCCCGACUGGAGCUGCUGCAGAGCCAGCUCAACAGGUUGGAGACGCGCAUGACGGCAGACAUAAACGUCAUCCUGCAGCUCCUACAGCGCCAGCUGACCCCCGUGCCCCCCGCCUACAGCUCCGUUUCCCCUGGCAACCACCCCCCUGACCCCUCCAGUCUGUACCCGCCACACGGGGCGCCAACCCUGCACACCAUCUACCCGCUCCAGACCCACGCCAGAGACACCAGAGAAAACUCACUACAGAGUGGUGUUAAGCCUGACACCAAAUUUACAGACAAGUCCCAAGACUCGCUGUCGAGCCGAAUCCACGUGACGGUGGCAUCGGACGAGGAAGGGGGCAGCGCCAUGCCCUUGGCCCCGGAGGUCGAGCUAGAGGUCGUGAACCUUGAGAAGAAGCCUCAGGAGAAAGUCAGGUCAUCGCUGAUGGACGCCCCGUCGCUAGGCGCCUCACUGCGCUUCCCAUCGUUGCCCGGUAACCUGGACGCCUCGCAGAACCCAGCUGAGAUGCAGAAGCACGUCUCAGAUCCUGUACUUCCUGUCAGCUGAGGAAGUGACAUGCCCAGACAGAACGUGGACAGUCAUGCACACAAACCGCUGCUGACAUUGUGACGCAAACUCUCAAGAAUGAAAAACUACUUUGGGGGUCAUGCCCCCAAAGGCUUGGGGUCAACAGGUUUGACCUCUACACUGUAUGCACUGACAAAGACUGUCUGACACAACAGAAGUGUGUUGGACAUUCAUGCACCGAUUUCAAUGGAACGUAGCAAUGUGGAUGUUAGAUGUGGCCUAAGACAUGCUGAAUGGUCAACUCCAAACGGUAUUGGACACACAGUUACAGUGUAACCUUGGAAAAGUGGUUUCAGACGACAGGGCAUACAGUAUGCUGACACUAAACCAAAGAGAUUAUUCCAGUAGUCUUGUGAGUUGAUUCCAGAGACUGGAGUUACACAUCUACAGAAAGUGUGUUAAUUCUAAGCUGUGAACCUAUUAACCAAAACCUGCUGAACAGAUCUACAUACUGUGAUCCGAACAGAGACCUUUUUAUUUAAAAUUUUACAUUAUAUACAUUUUCCCUAGUUUGUAGUUCCCGAUUCUUAUGUCUGGUCCUACACGGCCUAGGUUGACAAAUGCAAAGUGCAGUAUGACCAUAAAAAAUAGUAUUAUAUUAUUACUGUUAUGUAUAAUUUCUGAAUACCGGUAAAUUAACAUGGGACAUCGCCUACCAUUAAUACAUCCAACGACAUGGCAGAGAUACUGUGAUUUUACUCAUGCGUGCAGGGAAGCAGACAAUCAACCAAUACGUAACUUUAGAGUAUGUAUUUAUUUACUUUUAAUUUAUAACUAGUGUGUAUGUACUCAUGUAGACAGAAACUACAUUAACAUAAUUGGAAGAGUAUUUGCAUGUCAAAUGUCUUUUCAUUUUUUGUUUUGUUUCUUUUUUGUUUUGCAUUCACCCCAGGUGUAUUUCUUUCCAAAGUCACAGAUGCUAUCUGGUUUUGAAAUAUCUGAAAUAUAGAAAAACAAACCAACCAAUAAACAGGUUAACCAGGUAAAACUUACAAAAAAAAAGCUUGACCAAAAACACAGCCUUUCCCUGGAGUGUGUUUCUUGACAACUUAGUUGCUAACUAAGUUAGCAACUUACUUGGUUGCAAUGCAAAUACCUAUCCCAUUGGAUAACAUGUAAGUUGCGAAAUGGUUAGCAACGAUGCUUUCGAGAAACGGGGUCCUGGUUUCAAGACGAAGGCCAUAGUGAUCUGAUCUGCAGGAUCUUAGUGACCCACUUCAAUGAACAUGGUGGUUACAGUCCAGCGAGUUAGGGUAUGGUCAGGUUAGGUCCGGUUCUAGCUCAGUUCUGUCUUGGUUGGUUCUCUCAGGUCCGUUACCAAAGACAGAGUCAGACAACAAUAAAGGAUCGCAAAGUUGUAUGAAAACAAGUAGCAUUGUUAUUGUUACAAUCCAGUUCAGGUGACAUACAGGUCCUUUUUUUAAGGAUCUACUUCUGAAAUAACAAUAAAAGUUUGUUUCAUAGACACCAAUGGUUGUUGUUGAUAGUCCUCCUUUCAAGCCAAAACCAUUACUUGAAUUCACAGCACAAUACUUAUUACACUUCAGUAAUCCAGGUUCCACUCUUUAACUGUAGGGGUCGCUGUUUCACUCCCAGUCCUUGUGGGCAGCGAUCACAACGGAGAGCAGAUGCAGUAGUGAUGGUCGUUUGGCGAGUCUUCUAGUCCAUGUCGUAGACAUACUGUAGGAUGGGUUUUGAGUUUACAAACUUUACAACUCGUUUUAAGUCUUGGUGUGUAAGUUCAAUGUGACAAAAAGUCACGCUCUCUGAGUUUAUCUGUCGUCAUUCUACAGAGUUUGUGCAGAAGGAGAGAGAGACAGAUCUGUUUCAGAAAGCGUGCCGUACUGUACAUGUAGCUUCUGCAUCUGUGGUAGAGGGAGUUUCAGUUCUUCCAAAUGUCCACAUCAAAAAGAAAAGGAAAAAAAAAACACAUAAAAA